AUGAAGUUCACCAUCAUCGCCUCUGCUCUCGCCAUGGCUGUCUCUGCUUGUGCCACUGGAACCGGCGGCUCUUGCAACGCCAACACCAAGCAGGUCUGCUGCAACGGCCUCCUCAACUGUGCGGUCCAGGUCCUCGGCAAGAACUGCAAUGGCGAGGCCUACUGCUGCAAGACUGAAGCCCCUGUCGGCGCUCUUGUCAACAUUGCCCUUCUCAACUGUGUCGACCUUCUGUAG